UCAUGGUAUUUUCCAGAAUUUAUAUUGAUUUGUGAUUAAGAGAAAGGAAACUAUUAAAAAAAGUACUAUUAAAAUGUGUAAAUAAUAUAAAGUAUGUGUAUUGUGGUCAUUUGUAUUUAUUCAUGUUUAGGAUUUAUUUGUAUUUCUUUGAAGACUAUCUCAUGUCAUAACCAGUCAUGCAGCUGUGGGUCAGCCACUCAUCAUAGCUAACCCACAACUGCAGCACAUGAUCAACCAUCAGUUCCACUCUGCUUAUUUAUCUGGAAAGGUCAACAUGAAACAUCAGCAUCAAGACUGCGUCAAGACAGCAGAUUGGAUCACACUGAGCAGUCAUGUCUGGGCUGACAGCUCUGGCUCUCCUGCUCCUACAAUGUGGCGCUCUAGGAUUUCGUAUUUUAUCUGGUGACUCUAUAACUCACGAAGACAUAACGGAGAAGGCGAUCCUAAACGUCACGGCACAAGUGUGCUGCUCUCUGGCUCUCACUGAGGGAAAGACCUUCACUUUUCCUUCACGUUUAACAGCGGAGGCAGUUGCUGCUGCAUGUGAAGCGCUACGAUCCUCCAAAAGUUUCCUCUGGUCAAUCCGGAAGAUAAAAAUGGCCAACUGGUUGGUAGACCUUCACAAAGUCUUCAAGGCACCUUUUCACUUUGAUGAUGAGACAUUUGAAGAAGGGAGGAAGCUCAUCCUGGAGGGAUUAUCCACCGUGAAGGCUGCUAACAGGAAACACAACUAUUUAUCAGCUGUAUUAAAGCUGGGGGAAAUAUUGCACACCUUACAGGAUUUCUACAGUCACAGUAACUGGGUGGAAAUGGGCAAUAAACUUCCUAACUUUAAUCUAACCAGGGCAAACACUCGCAUUGGAAAUAUUGCAGCUAAAAGCAGAGCAACGUGCCGAGACUGCAAUGGACAAGAUUGCAGCAACAAUCUUUUGGAUGACAUCCUGCAUGAAAAGAUACUCACAUCAGGAUAUUUUAGCAUUUUGUCCUCAAACAAACCCAAAGGAAAAUGCAGCCAUGGAGACUCCCUUGAUAAAACCCGUAGGACUGAACCUAAAGGUGGGAUCAACAAAGACUCAUCCGCCUCCAGCCAUGGACAUCUCCACAGCCAAGCAGCAGAUCUGGCCAUCGCUGCAACCAGUGACCUGCUGGAGGAGAUUCGAGGAGCUGCUGGAGACAAAGAAUUCCUUCAGAUGAUGGGAAUCUCCAGAGGUUCCAGUAAAGCUCUUUGCUUUGUGAUCGACACGACAGAAAGCAUGAGUGAAGAAAUGGCAGCGGUAAAGACUCUAAUAUGUUCUAUAAUCGACAGUAAAGUUGGAACACAAGAUGAGCCCUCGUUAUAUGUUCUAGUACCCUUUAACGAUCCAGAUUUUGGGCCUCUAAAAAGAACAACCGACCCAAGGGAGUUCAAAACUUCCAUCAACUCACUCUCAGCUGCUGGUGGUGGAGAUUUUCCAGAAAUGAGUCUUUCAGCAUUGCAGCUGGCUUUAAGUGGGUCUCCUCCUAAUUCGGAGAUCUUCGUCUUCACGGAUGCAAGCGUGAAAGACGCAUCCCUGAAAAGCAAAGUGGUUGCACUCAUAGAGAAGACAAAGUCAGUGGUUAACUUCAUGAUAACCAGCACGCCCGAGUUUCGUCGUCAAAUACAAGCCGGCAGCAUCAAACAGCAGCACCAUCAGAUGGUGAGUUCGGAUACUCGGCUGUUCAGAGACCUGGCUCAGGAUUCAGGAGGUCAGGUUAUCGAAGUCACCAAAGACCAGCUGCCAGAGGUGAUGAGCAUCAUAAGAGAAUCCUCCAGAUCCGCUCUGGUCGUCCUUCUCCAAACAUCCAGGAGUCCUGGAAAGGCAGAAAAUUUGACUUUUUCAGUGGAUGAAUCAUUAAAAAACGUGAAGGUUUACAUCACCGGGACACGUGUUAAUUUUACACUCAUAGACCCCUCAGGUGUUGUUCAAAAUUCUGAGACACCAUCAUCAGUCAUUUCAUCCCAGCCUGUUGGAAACUUUCAGACUGUGUUGCUUCAAAUGAAAGUGGGAGUGUGGGAGAUAAGAAUGAUGCCAACGGACUCCUACAGCCUGAAAGUUGUUGGUGAAAGUUCAGUUGACUUCUUUUUUGACUUUGUGGAGGAGUUGCACGGCGCCUCUGGAGGGUUUGACCUAAUAGACAAUCGUCCCACAGUUGGUGGAAAUGCUACUCUAAUGGUCACACUAAUCGGGAGUGACUCUGUCACAGUAACGGAGGUUGCCCUGGUUGAAUCCAUGGGUUCAGGUCAGGUUCACAGCAGUGUGGAGAAUCAGGGUGGAGGACAUUUUAUUGCUCGUUUUGAUGAGCUACCUUUGUUUGAGUUUUUGGUUCUCGUGAAGGGGCAGAACAUCAACAGCACCUCCAGAAGAACCUCAGAGAACUUUCAAAGACAAUCCACCACCAGCCUGAGAGCUUCUGCUCUCACUGUUAUCGCUGGGAACUCGGAUUUGGUCUUAGAGCCUGGAAGGCCUGAAUUAGUUCCCUUCUCUGUGAUGACUUUUGGAAAAGGUGGAAACUUCUCCAUCCAAGCUACCAAUGAUCAAGGUUUUAAAAUAAGUUUCCCAUCCAGUUUGUUCCUGGAUGCUGGAGGUGGUGCUAACGGUACAGUAAACAUCACAGCACCUCCUGACACCCCGUCUGGCACCAGUGUCACUCUGACCAUUGAAGUUGUAGCUCCAGGAGGUGCAGACACCAACUAUAAGGUGCUCCAUUUCAUCGUCCUUCAACUGGUGACUGAUUUCACCCAGCCAGUGUGUCAGCUGCUCAGUCUUCAGUCCGCCUGCUUGGAUGACUGCAGCCAGUCGACGUGGGAGAUGUCUGUCCACGUCAGUGCUGUAGCUAAUGGUACGAGUGUGGAUCACGUCAGAAUCAGACAAGGUGGCGGCACCUUGAGCAUCAGCUCUGAGAAUGUGAGUCUGGUGUCGUACGUGGCUUCCUGCUGCUCACCUGAUGUGCAGCUGGUGGUUGUGGAUCAGGUGGGAAAUGUGGAAAUCUGUAGCUACUCUGUUAAAAAGACUGGAUCUCCUGGAUUAUUUUCCACCAGAACUGCUCAGAAGUUGCUGCUCUGUGUUUGCAUGCCUUUCCUGGUGAUGAGUUUAACAUCUGAAUCUUUACAUUAUAAAAUAUUAUAUUUACUAGAAGUCUGUUGGCGCACUUUUCAGCGUUUCACUCAGAGGUAUCGUUAAUGAAGUCGAGGGCCACAAUCGUUUACUUGCUCGUGUCAUCAUGAUGUGAUAGUAUGAGCGUCCUGUCACUGUGACCCGACGGAUCAUGAGCCCUGGCUACUUGGCCAAGGGGAU